ACCCUGCGCGCUGUGGGCGGAGCGUGCGUGGAGUGUGGUCUGAGCCGGUCGAGUCGCCGUGCUCGGUGGAGUCAUGGCUGAGUAUGGCCGGGCAUCUCAGGCUCGCGCGCUCCUGCAGCAAUGCCUGCAUGCCCGGCUGCAAGUACACCCAGCGGAGGGGGACGCUGCGCCGCAGUGGGUGGAGGUUCAGAGAGGAUUAGUGAUCUAUGUGUGCUUUUUCAAGGGAGCUGAUAAAGAACUUCUUCCCAAAAUGGUUAAUACACUGUUAAAUGUGAAAUUAAGUGAAACAGAAAAUGGCAAGCACGUGUCUAUAUUGGAUCUUCCUGGAAACAUCCUUAUCAUCCCUCAAGCCACCCUUGGGGGGAGAGUGAAAGGAAGAAACAUGCAGUAUCACUCUAACUCCGGAAAAGAAGAAGGGUUAGAACUUUACUCCCAGUUUGUGACUCUGUGCGAAGAAGAACUAGCUGCUAACAGCAAGUGCGCCGAGGCUGGGGUUGUGGUGGAGCACGGCACCUACGGGAGCAGGCAGGUGCUGCAGCUGCAUACCAAUGGGCCCUACACACACCUCAUUGAGUUUUAAAAAAUUAAAAGCUAGUUUCUAUAGUUGUUUUCUGAUACAAAGUGAUCUGGACCAUAAUUAGAUUUUCUUCCCUUUCUUCUCCAAUACACUAAUCUGCAGCACUUUCAGACAAAAAAAAAGUCCUGGGUCCUAUCCACAACUGUGACUUACUAAUUGGAUGAUCUUGCCAACUUAGUUACACUUUAGAUCUCAGUCACUUUUCAUCAGCUUUUCCCUACGCUUCCACUUAAAAAUUUGAAAAAUGCUUUCUGUUCACUCUGUGGUUAUUGUGGAAAUGUUCUUAGAGAGGUGUAUGUAAGUAUUUUGCAAUGAAGAAUUUUGUGCCAUCAAGAAAAAUAUAAUUCUUAUACCCUCAAAUAUAUGUAGUAUGUAAUAAAAAUAGCUUCACCUUAAAAUUAAGUGAAAAUCCAAAUCUAUUAUAAUUUUGUCAGUUCUGUCUUACUAUUUCAGUUUUCCAUAUUUUGAAUGAAAAAAAGAAGCAAUUUACUAUUCCUUUUAAUACCUAUGAUACAGAAAUAUAGCUGCAUUAUAAUAUUAGUUUCCAAAGACACCCAGUUGCUUUAAAUCAUUUUAAGAAUCUUUAGUUGAUAUAGAAAGAAGAUACAUGGAUUAAAAUUUGUUUUAUUAAAUAUACCAAUGGUUAAUAUUUCUGUUUCUCAGUGUUUUACCAAAACAAUGUAUGUAUCAUUUUCUGUCAUUGGUUUAGAAAAGUUACUGCAAUUAACUUUCAUGAAAAGUUCAUGAAAUUAGUUCAUAAAUUAUUUAGGAAGUUCCUUUCUUCUUGAAUUAGAUUGCUACAAAAGGAAGAAAAAGGGAAGCUUUCAACUGGUAUUAUUUGAAAACAACUUGACUUGCUCAUUUCCAGAUUAUCUACAUAAUGACUUGGAGCCAGGGCCAUUUUUCUCUAUUAGUGAAUGUUUUUGUCCCCCUCUACCCUGAAAGUUCAUGUUCAAGUCCUCCAGUGUGAUGAUAUUUGGAGAUGGGCCCUUUGGGGUGUAACCAGGAUUUAUGAGGUCUUAAGAGGGGGGCCCUCGUGAUGGGAUUAGUGUCUUCAUAAGAAGAGAGAGAGUUUGCUUGCUCCCUCCAUCAUGUAAGGAUUCCGUGAGAAGGUGGCCCUUUACAAGCUGGAGGAGAACCCUUACGAGAAGCCAACCAUGGCGGCAUCUUGACCUUGAACCGCUAGCCUCCAAAAUUGUAAGAAAAUAAAUUUGUUGUUUAAGCCACCCAGUCUAUGGUAUAUUGCUACAGCCCAGACUGACAGUGAUGUAAGGUAGACAGCCAAUAAGGUAGAUUUUUCAGAGACGAGAGGAAGGUAUAUAAGAAAUUGAGAGAAUAAAUGAAUCAAUGAAAGGUAAGAGUUCUUACAAACUUCUCUGACUUGAUUUUAAAAGAUACUCUAAAAACAACCAAAUACUUCAAAUUACCAAAAAGAUGAAGAAAUUAAUUGGAAUAAACAUUUUAAGUAGCUGUUGAAAA